UGUCCAAUGCUUGGUGUCCUCAGGAGUGGCCCAGCAAAAGCUCUCUUGGACUGAGCUGGCCCUUGGGAUAACUUGGCUCUUUUCCCUGCUACUUGCAUGCCUGCCCAAGUAUUCUUUGUCUUUGGGAGCAGCCACAAGCACCAACAAAACACUUCUGACAGCUGAAGGUGAUCUUUCUGGAGGAGGUCCUGAUAUCCUUUGUCAUCCAAAGCUUUCCACUCUGUACCUGAGAGGAACAAUGGCCACAACAGGGAAUGACUUCUUUGAGUAACAUUUUCACCAGCUGGUUUGGAUUUUGUGAAUGCCCACGGACCACGGACAUGGCCACUGCUGCAUCCCUAAGUGUCGAUGUGCUGACAGCCUGGAGUGAAUUCUGGGGCAUUCCCUGAGAGCAGCCAGACCCAGUCAAGGCGAGGGAAUGACUCCAUCACAAAAGACCCUUUUUACCUCAGAGAAGAUUUGCAUGGACUGGCAGCAGAAACGGAGACCUGGAGCAGGACUUUACAACCUUGGUAGCACUUGCUACCUCAACGUCAUCCUGCAAUGCCUGACAUACACUGCCCCCCUGGCUAAUUACCUGCUGUCUCGUCAGCACAGCCGGGUCUGUUGCCAGCAAGGUUUCUGCAUGAUGUGUGUCAUGGAAGCUCACAUUCGGAAGGCCCUGUAUUCCUCAGCCACUGCCAUCCGCCCCAGGGCUAUCAUCAGGGACCUCAAAUUCAUAGGAGAAUUUAAGCCUGACAUCCCGGGAGAUGCCUACGAGUUCUUACGCUGUGCUGUCAGUGCCAUGCAGACAGCUUGUCUGGGUGAAUGCAGCGAAUCAGACAUCCCUUCUGAUGAAACUACCAUCAUCCAUCAAAUAUUUGGGGGCUUGCUGAGAUCCAGAGUCACAUGCCUGAGCUGCAACACAGUUUUUGAUUUCUACAAAAUCUUCCUGGAUAUCCUUCUGAAAAUCAAGGGAGCCUCAUCCCUCAACACAGCUCUGGAGGAUUUUGUGGCACCCAAGGAGAUGAAUGGGAGAAAGUGCUUCAGAUGUAGCAAGUGUAAGAAGAAGGUUGCUGCCUCCAAGAAGGUCACAGUCCAUCACGAACCCAGGAUCCUCACGGUGUGUCUGGGAAGGGCUGAUGAUCAGACCAGCAGGAAGCUCAGCCAGGUUGUGGAGUAUCCUGAGUAUUUGGAUCUCCGGCCAUACAUGUCUGACCCAGCUGGAGAGCCCGUCCUCUACUCCUUGUAUGCUGUUGUGGUGCACUCUGGUCACACCUGCCUUGGUGGACACUUUUUCUGCUACACAAAGGCGAGCAAUGAGCAGUGGUACAAGAUGAAUGAUGUGUCUGUGGAUAGCUGUGGCAUCCAGGCAGUUCUGGGGCAGCAAGCCUAUUUGCUGUUCUAUGCCAGGUGCUCCAAUUCACACAUGAAAGACACGGCGCCUUGUCCAUCGUCCCAUUCCUUCCUCAGUCAGGGGCAGGCCAGCAGCCAGGCAGGUUCUGCAGGGCCACAGGCUCGGCCUGGCAGGAUGAGGGUGACAAACAGCCAGAGGAGGAGUUCCAGGGAGAGGGACAGGAGCAGAUCCCCGCUGUGGGACAAUGAACGCCGCAGCUGGAUCAUGAACACCACCGACUACAACAACUCAGCACAGAAGAGGAAGAGAACGCGUCCUGCAGGUCAUGACAACGCUCACAGGGAUGACACAACUCCAGGGGCCUCCAGGAGGAGCUUCCAGCGUGCUCCAGCACACAGGGCUGCUUGGGAACCCUUGCCAAGAGAGAAACAGCAGAGCAGACCCUCACGGUAGGGCUGCCAUCUCUGCAGACGGUUUGUGAAGCUCAGGGACUUCCACCAGUCAAAAAGGAAAAGGAGGAAACACUCAUUUGGAACCUACAAGCAGAAGAGCCAAAGCCAUAAUUAAAACCAUUUCCUGGCCUUUCAUGAAUA